CCAACACUGAACCUCUGCCACCUCCUACAAAUGAUGAUGAGGAAGGAGGGGAAGGAGGGCCUAGGCCCAUGCCUCCAUAUAGCUCCAUGUUCAUCUUCUCAACCACCAAUCCGUUUCGACGAGCAUGCCAUUACAUUUGCACCCUGCGUUAUUUUGAGAUGUGCAUCCUGCUGGUCAUUGCAAUGAGCAGUAUUGCCCUGGCAGCUGAAGACCCUGUUUGGCCCAAUUCCCCUCGAAACGAUGUUCUGCGCUAUUUUGACUACGUCUUUACGGGAGUUUUUACUUUUGAGAUGUUAGUAAAGAUGGUGGAUCUGGGGUUGGUCUUGCACCAGGGCUCUUAUUUCCGGGACUUGUGGAACAUCCUUGACUUUAUAGUGGUUAGUGGUGCUCUGGUGGCCUACGCCUACGCCUUAGCGGGGAACAGCAAGGGAAAAGACAUCAGCACCAUCAAGUCGCUGAGGGUACUGAGAGUGUUACGACCUCUAAAGACUAUUAAACGACUUCCCAAACUCAAGGCUGUGUUUGACUGUGUGGUGAACUCUCUGAAGAAUGUGCUCAACAUCCUGAUCGUCUAUUUACUCUUCAUGUUCAUCUUUGCUGUGGUUGCUGUGCAGCUCUUCAAGGGGCGUUUUUUUUACUGCACUGAUGAAUCCAAAGAAUUUGAGCGCGACUGCAGAGGCGAGUAUCUGGUGUAUGAACGUGAUAACGAAGUGAGGGCGCAGAAGCGGGAGUGGAAGAAGUACGAUUUCCACUACGACAAUGUGGCUUGGGCCCUUCUCACCCUCUUCACUGUCUCUACUGGAGAGGGGUGGCCGCAGGUGCUGAAACACUCAGUCGAUGCGACUUACGAGAAUCAGGGCCCAAGUCCGGGAUACCGGAUGGAAAUGUCCAUCUUUUACGUGGUGUACUUCGUGGUCUUCCCCUUCUUCUUCGUCAACAUCUUCGUAGCUCUCAUUAUCAUCACCUUCCAGGAACAAGGGGACAAGAUGAUGGAAGAUUACAGUUUAGAAAAGAAUGAGAGAGCCUGUAUAGACUUUGCCAUCAACGCCAAGCCUCUGACACGCCACAUGCCACAAAACAAGCUAAGCUUUCAGUACCGUAUGUGGGAGUUUGUGGUGUCACCGCCAUUUGAGUAUACCAUCAUGGCGAUGAUCGCGCUCAACACAAUCGUGCUGAUGAUGAAGUAUUACGGAGCCUCUGACACCUAUGAAACUGUGUUAGCCAACCUGAACAUAGUGUUUACUUCCCUCUUCUCCAUGGAGUGUGUACUCAAGAUCAUCGCCUUUGGAGCACUGAAUUAUUUCAAAGAUGCCUGGAAUAUUUUUGACUGUGUGACAGUUCUGGGCAGCAUUACAGACAUCCUCGUUACUGAGCUUGGGAAUAAUUUCAUCAACCUAAGUUUCCUAAGGCUGUUCAGAGCAGCUCGUCUCAUCAAGCUGCUGAGACAGGGAGAAACCAUCCGAAUCUUGCUCUGGACCUUCGUUCAGUCUUUCAAGGCACUGCCUUAUGUCUGCCUCCUCAUUGCCAUGCUGUUUUUCAUCUACGCCAUCAUUGGGAUGCAGCUGUUUGGGAAUAUUGCAAUUGAAGAAGAUGGAGACAGUGCCAUCAACCAACAUAACAACUUCAGGACCUUUGUAGAGGCUCUUAUGCUUCUCUUUAGGAGUGCAACGGGUGAGGCAUGGCACGAGAUCAUGUUGGCGUGUCUUGGGGGUAAGGAAUGUGACCCCAAGUCAGGGAAUGUAGAUCCAGACUGUGGCAGCCAGUUUGCCUACCUCUACUUUGUGUCCUUCAUCUUCUUCUGUUCAUUCUUGAUGCUGAAUCUGUUUGUAGCUGUUAUCAUGGACAACUUUGAGUACCUGACUAGAGAUUCAUCCAUACUAGGACCUCACCAUUUGGAUGAGUAUGUCAGGAUAUGGGCGGAGUAUGACCCUGCUGCCUGCGGGCGCAUACAUUAUAAGGACAUGUACAGUUUAUUACGAGUUAUCGACCCGCCUCUUGGCUUAGGCAAGAAAUGCCCCCAUAGGGUGGCCUGCAAGAGAUUGCUCCGUAUGGAUCUGCCCGUGGCCGAUGACAACACGGUCCACUUCAACUCCACUCUCAUGGCCUUGAUCCGCACCGCGCUGGACAUAAAGAUUGCCAAGGGUGGUAUCGACAAACACCAGAUGGAUGCAGAGCUAAGGAAAGAGAUGAUGGCAAUCUGGCCCAACCUCUCCCAGAAGCAUCUGGAUUUACUGGUGACACCACACAAGUCGACCGACCUGACAGUGGGGAAAAUCUAUGCCGCCAUGAUGAUCAUGGAGUAUUACCGGCAGAGCAAGAUCAAACGUUCCCAGGCUCUUCGUGAUGAGCAGAAUCGAACGCCAUUACUAUUUCAGCGCGUGGAGCCACCUACCCCCUCCCAGGAUGGGGGUCCGGGACUUAACAAUGCCCUGCCUCCUCCUGAGAUGACAGAGACCACCAACAGCCUGCCGGUGGAGGGAGGUGUCCCGGAAAGCCAGUCGUGGGUGACGGCUCGCGCUCAGGAAAUGUCUCAGAAGGUUGGCAGCUGGAGCCCUGAGGGACACCCUGUGGAUGGCCUGGGAAGCAUGACCAACUCUCAGACGGUAGAGAUGAGAGAGAUGGGGCAGGAUGGUUACUCGGAUACUGAGCACUUUCCACCAAUGGAAGGCCACGGCAGGGCCGCUUCCAUGCCCCGCCUCCCAGGCGACAACCAAACUAUCAAUGACAGCAGUCCAAUGAAACGCUCCGCCUCCUCCCUGGGCCACAGCAGGUCUGGGCGUGGUCACAGAGACAAAGGAGGGGCAGACGACUACAACAUGGAGCAUGCAAUUCCUGAAGAGGGAAGAAGUUCCAGGCACGGACACCGGCGAAAAGACCGGAGCCAUCGGGCAUCUGAGAGGUCCCUCUGUCGCUACACUGAGGCUGACACAGGCCUGGGCACAGACCUAAGCACAACCACUCAGUCUGGCGACCUCACGUCAAAAGAUAAGGAUCGAGACAGGGAUCGCGGCCGUUCCAAAGACCGUAAGCACCACCACCAUCAUCACCAUCACCACGGCUCUGUGGACAAGGAGCGCUAUGUAGCAGAACGAGGGGGCGAGUACGUCCACAGGCACUCUCGCGACCGUGACCGGGAGCGAGAAAGGGACCGGCGCUGGUCACGAUCUCCCAGCGAGGGUCGCGAUUGCGUGACACACAGACAGGGCAGUAGUUCAGUCAGCGGAAGCCCUGUCCCCUCAACCUCGGGGACCAGUACACCACGGCGGGGCCGUCGGCAGUUGCCUCAGACCCCGGCAACACCCCGGCCCCAUGUUACUUACUCCCCUGUAGUCCGUAAGGCUAUGCCCACACCUCCUGGGGUGGCACAAGGCAGACCCUCAGCCCCAGCUCCUGCCCCUCGCCGCUUUUCUCCAGAGCCUUCCCAAGGCCAGGGUCCUCCCCCCGCUGGCCUUCAGCUGGGCCACCAUGGCACACCACGUCAUCAGCCCCCACUGCGCUGGGGAGACACAGGUGGAGGAGGGGGCUCCAUAGAAGGGGAUGGAUGUUUCUACAACCAGGACUACCAGGACUACGAGCCCCAUCAUGAACCACCUGCCUAUGAGCCAAACCCCGUGCAGGGGGGCAACCCGCACCCUCAUGCCAACCACCCACUGCCACCUCCCUCACAACCACAGCAGCAUAACCCCCAUCCCCUACCUCCCCCACAGCCACACCCAGUCAACAACCCCCAUCCUCAACCCAGCCGAACCUCGCCUAGAACUGUUCACCACGCGCCUCCGCCAACCACGGCUCUAACAGGGCCUGUGCAGGGCCAAGUUCAGUCUGCAGCCCAGCGCCGGCUACCCAAUGGCUACCGUUCUUCAUCACCUUCUACACAUGUCCACGGACCCCCACACACUGGGCCCCACAAGGUCCCUCCUCCAGCUGGGCAUCCAAGGGGUCCGCACAAAGGCCUGCAUGAACCCUACAGUGAAACGGAGGAUGACGAUUGGUGCUAGCCUCUGGGGAAGGGGGUGGGACUUAACAAGGAAAAAAAGAAUUCAAAUACUGAAAGAAGAUGAGCCAGAGCACUGACUGCCAAGGGAAAAAAAUAUAAACUUUUCUUUCUUGUCUGUUCCAUUUAUUUUUCCCUCUCCUCCACUGCUGUCUAAGUGAUGGUGAGCUACAUGAAACAACCGGUGUCAUAGGAUGGAACAAGAAUGCAGAGACAGAAUCUGGAGUUCCAAAAGGCGUUACGAGGUGGUAACGAAACACCUCUGCGCUCUGCUCGCGUUGUUGUCGAUCAUUUCUUUUGAUGCCAAAUGAGACCAAACUGGGGGAGCGUCAGACACUAGUCUUUGUGUCUUAAAUUAUGCCUCUGGCCAUGAGCUAUAGCCACUUACAAGAUGUCAAGAGUUGCGACUCGACAAAAGACACUUUACAGUCAGAGACAAAAAUGAGCGACCUCUUUUUUUGUUGUUGUUGUUGUUUGUUUGUUUUCUUUGCUUCUCUGAGCUAACUUCUGUUAAGUUAGCUGCAAAAAGAUUUCAAACCAACCCUCCCAGCCACCAGUUGAAUAUUGAUGAGUUUUAUCAUCUGUGUUUUUAAAUACAAAAUAAACCUGACACGGAGCCCUCCACCUGUAAGAGGUGAGGGAGGCUAAGUGGGUGGGAGAGUUGGGGAGUGUUGCACGGGGGUCGACGAGUCCCUCCGUAGACAUCUGGAGGAGAGGAUGGGUGCGUCUGGGGAUGUUUACCCCAGUUACUGGAGAGAUUGCACUCCUCCCAGAAACAAUUUAACCAACCUCAACCUAUGACCUAUGAGAGGAAAAAAAAAUAGUGGAGGAUGGGUUUCAGAAACAGAGAAACAAACUGUUUUCUGCAGUAUUUCUUCUACUCCUGGAGCUGCUUCUUCUUCCUCCUUCUCUUCUACUUCUUCAAAACAUUGAAGCUUGAAUCUUCUGUUGCACCCCCACACAGCUUCGUUUUUUGUAGACUUGCAGAGUUGUACACUCUAUGGAAUCCUGCAUGAAUGAUACAAAAGAAUACUAAUAAUAGCAACACUGAGAAUCUACUGUCUGCAGAGGGAAAAUGUUCUUCAGUCCUGUUUUUUUGUUAUGGUCUGCAGGGUUUCUCUCUCUUUUUUGAUUUAUGAUUAAAAGUGCUUUCUGUUUUUCUCUCUCUCUCCUCUGAACGACAUUCCUCUCUCUGUACCUUCACAUACGCUAAAAACACCAGUGGCCCGAAAGUAACAGGGAGAUUGGAUAGUUACUGUAUGUAUAUCUAGAGGGAACAAAAUGAUAACUUUUCUGCUUGCUCGUCUACUGUCUAUUCCGUGCCAAAUGCCUGCCACUGAUACAGCUGGAAUUGUACUUAUUUUUGUGGAAGUUACCUUUUUUGUAAUUAAGGCUAAAAAAAAUGGUUUAAUGGGACGCAGGGUAUAAACAUGGAUACGGUGAAUUAUGUCUGACAAAUCAGUAACAUCUCAAAAGUCUUCCAGGGUGUGGGGUUAACACAGAGGCAGCAGAAAGAGACCAAUAGAAAUGUGCAGAAAGGAGAGAAACUCUUCAUCUUUGUUUUCUUUGUUGCUGAACGUAUUAAGGGAUAAACUUAUACCAUCGUUUGUAAAGAUCAUGAUGAGCGUGAGAAUGAGGCGAGUUCUCCAUAUUUGGUCUUAUAUUUUCUUCUGUGUGCUUGUUUUUAUUUUGAUCUUUGAAAAUUUGAAGAUAAUCCUUUUUCCAACCCUUGGGUGGCGCUGGAACACACCACUACACUGUGGGAGAAUGAGUUAUCAGGAGGACAGAGCUGUCCUCUUACUCUGAGUCUUCUUCAAAGUUAAUAACUAUUUGAAAUUUGUACAUCAAAAUGCACUGAAUUACAGGUUUUACAAUCCACUUGCCAUCGCCUUUGACCUCCAGAUGGCGCUGUGUGACAAAUAGUGUCCCGCUCUAUUCACUUCUGACUCAAAGUUAUACAGUGAGUGCACCAAAAAUGCAGUUUAGCUCAUUCUCUCGCUAGUAGACUGCCUUAUCUGUGUAAACGCAGGUGUGUGAGUCGUAUUGUAGCAGACGGGCUGGAGAAAGGAUGCCUGGGCCUCGCUGUAGUCCUAAAAAUCACCUGCGUUCUGUGCGUAUCACUCUUGUAUAAGUUUUAGUUCUCUCUGUGUGCCUCAAACUAACACUUGUCACUAACGCACACCACCGUCAGACCCAACAUUACUGUUAUUUUUUUUAUUUUAAGUUCCUUUUCUUUUCUCAUUCUUUUACUUGACCCACAUCUUACCUGGAGGCCUAUCACAUGUUGACCAGAGAAUGCAUUGAAAAAAAAUAGAAAACACUGCCUAUUAGUGUCUUUCCAACCUCAGUGGAAUGUCACAAAAAAUAUUUCUCACGUCACUACAUGUAAAAUUAGAAAGCACACUAAGGUAUGUAGCUCCUGGUUGUGGUGUGUGUCAGUGGGUUUUUGCGUGUAUGUAUGCACACGGGUGGGUGUGUUUCAAAUAAAAUUGUGUUUUGUUUUUCUGAAUGCUUUUUUAAAAAUUCUCCAGAACUCUUCUGAAAUCUUAAGACAUUCAAGUCAAAUCAUUGUAACGACCUUCAGCUCUGUGGUUGUGCGUGUGGUUGUGCGUGUGUGUGUGUGUGUGUGUGUGUGAUGUCAGUAAAGUCCCUCCCACCUGCCCCCACCACUGAAUGGAACGUGCAAAGCCCCAAAAUGUUCACCUUCCAUCUUUGUGUAUAUGCUGCAGUAAAAUCCACUAACACGCUGAUUAACCACACAAAGUCUUCAAAAAGCAAUGUAAAGUCGCUACUGGGAGAAAAAAAAUAAAUAAAUAAAAAAAUGUUUUUUGUUUUUUUUUUCUUUUUGUUCGUUUUUCAAGUAUAAAAGAUUUUAAAAAAGGAAAAAAUAUCUAGUUCCAGAAAUGCAUGUGCUAUGUGCAUGCCACACCGUGGGUUAAAAAGUCAUCUUCAGGACAUAAGAGAAAAAGCAGAUUAAUUAAUUCAGAGGAAUUUAAAAAAAAGAAAAAGGUGAUAUAUAAAUAGAUAGAUGUUUUUAAAAAGCAAUGUUUCCUUUUUUCCUUCUAUUUUUGAAAACAAAAAAUGUUUUAAAAACUUUAAAAAAAAUCUAAAGAGUAAAAACACAAAAAAGAGACUUUGGCGAGAGUCAAAGUCCUGUUUGUUUUUCUUCUGUUACAUGGGGUUGAGGCACAGCACAACCAUGUUCAGGACACCAUGAGAAAAAAAAAGAAAGAAAGAACUGUUUUUAAUUUAACAGAAAAAAUAAAAAUAUAAAGAAAGAAAAGAAAGUACAGUUCAGAUGAUGGUGUAUUCUUCCUUAUACUUUUGUGUUGGGGGAGGGUCAAGGAAUGGAGGAGCUCGCCAAAACUGUUGAUGUACUUGUUAAAAACUGGCUGAUGGUCCUUUGAUCUCUCACUCACUCUCUAUUUUCUCUCUCUCGCCCCCCCCUCUCUCUCUCUCUUUCUCUACCCUGUCUCUCUCACGCUCUUACCUGUCACACUCUCAGCCAGUCUCACCGCUAUUUCUACCAGUGCAUUUUGUAAUUCCAAACAGAAACUCUUCCUAAAGAAUAAAAU